GCCGUUUUAACCUUUCACUCCUCCACGGAGGCGUGCCGUCUCUCUCUUUAUUUUCACUCCAGACAUUCGGCUGAAGCUUCUGAGUUCCGAGGAAAUGAAAGUGAAACAGACGCUUCAGCUCCGCGGCGUUCCGGCCGAUACGCAGAUGAUCGUGUCACAGCUGCGUCGACUCGACGACGCGCUCGUGUUGCUCUUCAUGGCCGCGUUCAACUUAACCCGACUUCACUCCGCCUUUCAAUGGUGCGGGCGCAACGCGUGUUUGUUGUGGCGCUGCGCGAAACGAGCGCUCGUUCUCAUAGGCCCGUACGUCUUUCCGCUACACCGGCUCGCGCGCAGCGGCGGCCCAAGUGAGCUCGAGCGCAGCGGCGGCCCAGGUGAGCUCGAGCGCAGCGGCGGCCCAGGUGAGCUCGAAGGUAACGCCGGAGACCCGCCGGAGGUCGAGGAGUCUCGCCCCGAGGGUCAACAUGAGGCCGCCGCCGCCGCCGCCGGGAAGAGGACUGCGGACUCUGACCGAGAUUUUGCCCUCAAGCGGCCGAGGUUUGAGGAAGAAGAGGGCGAGUUUGACGGCGAGGAGUAUCGAGUUGACCCCACGGACGACCUGUACUGCGACUAUGACUCAACGUGGGAGGCAGAGGAGCCUCAGUGGGGCGCGCACCCGAGGCCCAGGCGACCAGCGGCGCGUAAUUUCAAGUUCGGCAGGUAUGAAAGUGCCGCAAGAGACAUGCAGAACUACAGACAUGGCUACCCUAAUUCCUCACAAUACCAGAUCAGGCGGCAGCAACGCUUGAACCGAGUAUCUGACGACAAGCCCAAUCUGCAGUUCUACCUCGGAAAGAAGUGCUCAGAACCUGACGGUGUCUAUAUAAACAGUUUCCACCACGAAUGGUUUGGAGAUUAUUCCUCACUGGAGUCUGUCCACUCCUACAUUCAGUGGUUGUUCCCACUGCAAGAACCAGGGAUGAACUCCGAGGCCCGCACUCUGACAAAAGCAGAAAUACAGGAGUUUUGUCAAAACGACGCGGCGAAGGCUAAUCUGUUGACGUCGUACAAGCUCAUGUUGGACUUCUACGGUAUCGAGUUGCGGGAUGAGAAAACCGGCGAGGUCACGAGAGCGUCCAACUGGAAAGACCGAUUCCACAACCUGAACUGUCGAACCCAUAACAACCUGCGCAUCACCCGCAUCCUUAAGUGCCUUGGAACCCUGGGGUACCCUCACUACCAAGCCCCCCUGGUCCACUUCUUCCUGGAGGAGACUCUCGUCCACGGAGAACUCCCGGCCGUCAAGGACAGCGUUCUCAGCUACUUCCUGUUCGCCGUCCUCGACAAGAAAGAACGCAGGAGGCUCCUCAAGUUUGCCUAUUCGAGCUAUUCCCGUAAAGAGGAGUUUGUGUGGUGCCCCGGCAAGAUCCAGAGGAUGUGGUCACGGGGAGUUCAAGGCAGGAACGAGCUCAACCCGAACCCGUUGAGUCAAUACAGCGAGGACGAGGAAACUUGAGCGCCGCCCGAAACCCAUUCUAUACUAAUGUAUACUCUACUGUACCGUACGGCACCCUCAGAGAUACAACACGAUAUUGGUCGUCGUUCAGGAUGCUUCGCAAAUGGACGUGACCGUGGUUUCUUUCCCCCGGUAUGCGGUCCGGUUUUGGGAAUGGAGAGAAUGUUACAGAGAUGCAAAGAUGGGAGUAGACUAGAGGGCGGCGGUUGGUGUAUUAUUAUCCAAUGAUGUAGAGGCAGAUGCUACUAAUCCUGGCUGAUGUUCCCAAGUCCUGCAUUGGUUUAUCGUGCAGUUAUUAUGCAAGUGCUUUUGUUUACUUUAAUUCUCACACUUAGGUUUCUGGACUUAUAUUCUUGUUUGUUUUUAUGCUCACUUUCACAAACCAAAAGAUGCAAUAUAUUCCAACCUGUAAACAAAGCCGUAGUGUAAUAAAAGUGGGUGUGGUGUGGAUAUAAGUAUGCCAAAUUGCUCACUAGUUUGACUGGUUAAUAAAUAAAUGUCAUAUUCAGUA